AUGGACCCACCAAAUCAGUCAGACCUCUUCUCCCUCAAAGACGGCAACCUCACCGUCGCCGGCCGCGGCGGCACGGCCGUCCUCCUCACCGGCGUGCCGGAGAACGUCACGCUCACCCCGUUCGCCUCGGCGUUCGACCCCUCGUCGUGCGACGACGCGCCGCCGGAGCUGGCCAAGCAGGCCGCGGCGGCCGCCCACCGCGGCGCGUUCUUGGGCUUCACGGCGCCGGCGCCCACCGACCGCGCGCCGUGCCGCGUCGGUCGGCUGCGCAACGGGCGGCGGUUUCUCAGCGUGUUCCGGUUCAAGACGUGGUGGAGCACCAUGUGGGCCGGCGAGCGCGGCGGCGACCUGCAGAUGGAGACGCAGUGGGUGCUCCUCGACGUCCCCGAGGCCGGCGGCUACGUCCUCCUCCUCCCCCUCGUCCAGGGCAGCUUCCGCUCGGCCAUCUUCCCCGGCGACGACGACGGCGUCGUCGUCUGCGCGGAGAGCGGGUCGAUGGCCGUGACGGCCACCGACUUCCGCCGCAUCGCCUACGUGCACGCCGGCGACGACCCAUUCCGCCUCAUGCAGGAGGCGUACGCCGCCGCCAGGGUGCACCUCGGCACGUUCAGGUUGGUACAGGAGAAGGCGUUGCCGCCAAUGGCGGAGAGGUUCGGGUGGUGCACGUGGGACGCCUUCUACCUCACCGUCGACCCCGCCGGCGUCUGGCAGGGCGUGUCCGAGCUCGCCGACGCCGGCGUGCCGCCGCGGUUCGUCAUCAUCGACGACGGGUGGCAGAGUGUGAACCGCGACGAGGACCCGCCGCACGAGGACGCGCCGGGGCUCGUGCUCGGCGGGGACCAGAUGACGUCGCGCCUCUACCGCUUCGACGAGUGCGAGAGAUUCCGAGCGUACAGGGAGGGCGCCCUGCUCCGCCGUCCGCCGGAGGUGUUCUACGACAAGAGCAUGCCCAAGGUCGUCGUGCGCAAGGCCGCCGAGGUGGAGGCCGCCACCAAGGCGAAGAAGAAGGCGGCGCAGGGCGGAGGCGCCGACCUGUCUGCGUUCGACGCCCAGAUCGAAGGGCUGCGGCGAGAGCUUGAGCAGCUGCUCGCGCGGCGAGGUGACAUCCUCGCGAAGCUCUGCGGCGACGACAGCCAUGGCGGCGCCGGAGAGGUGGGGCUGAAGGCGUUCGUGAAGGACAUGAAGCGGAGGUUCCCGGGUCUCAACGACGUGUACGUCUGGCAGGCGCUGUGCGGCGGGUGGGGCGGCGUGCGCCCCGGCGCGACGGCGCUGGACGCCCGCGUCGUGCCGGCGCGGCCAUCGCCGGGGCUCGCGGGCACCAUGGACGACCUCGCCGUGGACCGCAUCAUCGAGGGAGGCAUUGGCCUCGUCCGCCCAGACCAAGCCGGCGACCUCUACAACUCCAUGCACUCCUACCUCGCCGGCGCCGGCAUCACCGGCGUGAAGGUCGACGUCGUGCACGCCCUCGAGUACGUCUGCAACGACCACGGCGGCCGCGUCGAGCUCGCCAAGGCGUACUACGACGGCCUCUCCAAGUCCAUCGCCACCAACUUCUCCGGCAACGGGAUCAUCGCCAGCAUGCAGCAGUGCAACGACUUCUUCUUCCUCGGGACACACCAGGUGGCCAUGGCGCGCGCCGGCGACGACUUCUGGUUCGAGGAUCCCAACGGCGACCCCAUGGGCGUGUACUGGCUGCAGGGCGCGCACAUGGUGAACUGCGCGUACAACAGCCUGUGGAUGGGGCACUUCAUCCGGCCGGACUGGGACAUGUUCCAGAGCGACCACGCUUGCGCCGCCUUCCACGCCGCCGCCCGCGCCAUCUGCGGCGGCCCCUUCUACGUCAGCGACUCUCUCGGCUGCCAUGACUUCGCCCUGCUGAGGAGGCUCGUCUUCCCCGAUGGAACCGUGCCCAGGUGCCUGCACUAUGCUCUCCCUACCAGAGACUGCCUCUUCAAGAACCCUCUCUUUGAUCAAGAGACUGUCCUAAAGAUCUGGAAUCUCAACAAGUUUGGAGGUGUAAUUGGGGCAUUCAACUGCCAGGGAGCAGGUUGGGAUCCAUCCAAGCACCGUGUCCGAGGAUACCCACACUGCUACAUCCCCGUCUCCGGCGAAGUCCGGCCAUCCGACGUCGAGUGGCGUCAGAGGGAUGACACCUCUGACAUGGCCAAUGCUUCAGAGUAUGCAGUCUACAGGUGCCAAUCUGAAGAGCUUGUCCUGAUGGCACCACAGUCACAUCCUAUCCACUUCACCCUCCAGCCAUCCUCGUUUGAGCUCUUCACAAUUGCGCCGGUCAGGACGGUCGGAGGCGGCGAUGUCGGUGCGAGGUUUGCGCCGAUCGGGCUUGUCAACAUGAUGAACAGUGGUGGCACCAUUGCUGAUGUGGAAUGCAGAGACGGAGGAGGUGAGGUGGAGGUGAAGGUGAAGGGGGCGGGGAGGCUGCUGGUGUUCUCAAGCGUGAGGCCUCGGAGGUGUUUGGUGGAUGGCUUUGAGGAUGUGUUUGAAUGGGAAAAUGGAGGGAAACUGAUGGUUGAUGUCUCAUGGAAGAGGGACAAGGAUGGUGUCUCUGAUGUGGUGUUCUGUUACUAGAUUAUUGUACUGAUCCUGUGAGAUUUUUUUUUUCUUCUGCUUUCAUGGUGUGACAAAGUAGUACCCUCUGAAAAAAGGCCAAUUUUUAGAGAUGAAUCUAAACACCUCGAUGUCUAGAUUUGUUUCAGAAGUUGAUUAUUUUUGGGAUCGAUGCAUGUAAUCAUAAUUUGCAAAAUUUGUAGUGUUUUUAUGUAUAAUUAUAGU